AUGCACGGGACCAUCAAUGGGGCCGUCGGUUUCGCUGCCUUCUGCGCGGCCUGGCUGAUGCUGGAGCUGCAGCGGGGCAAGGGUCUCGGCGAAGCUCUCCGGUCCUGGUGGCUGGAGCCCGCCGUGGCCACGCUGUCCUUCGCCGUGGCGAUCGCGAUCUUCGACAAGAGGGAACGCGACAUGGGCCUCGGCGAGGAGGGCCGCAUUUCCACGCUGAGGCCAGGGCCCGAUUUCGUCGCCCCUGGCUCUGUCAAUAUGCUGUUUGUCGCGGGCGUCCUGUACUGGGCUGGCAUAUGUGUCUGGGUGCGGUUGGUCCCAGCUGUUGAGGACAUCCCGGAUGGCUGGCCCGAUGGAUUCCAGGGCGCGGUUUAUUUGAUCUGUGAGGUGUGCGCUGGCAUUUGGGCUUACGAUUUUAUCUUCAGCUUCGUCCACCUAGCCGCCCAUCACCUCGGGUGGGAUUCGCACCAGUACCACCACCUGAAGAAGCUGGACAUUCGGGCUCGGGACGUGCUAACCCACUCGCCCUCUGACGGGGCUUUGCAGGUGCUGGUGAAUAUCAUCGUGCAGCGUCACACUCCUUGGGGGGGAGCGAAGUCGCGUCUGGCACGCAUCGUGCACAACGUGGUGGUGACGUGGAUGCUGACGGAGAGCCACAGCGCGAGCCCAUCGCCGAACGUUGCGAGGAGGAGGCGAGAGGCCCCAGACGGGCAUUCGUUCGAGGUGAACUCCAGGGGGAUGGAGUUCAAGAGGCUCGUCGCCUUGGCGACGGGGAGCUCGAGGGCGAGGCGCUCGACGUCGUGA